AUGGAUUCUAAUCCAUAUCUAUCUUGCAAUUUUGUUGAUCUUCUUCAAAGUCAACAAGAAUCUUCCAUUGGUUUAGAAUCUUCUUCUAUUCCUCUCUUUGGCACGCAAGCUUCAGAAGGUUCAAACUUCGAACAAGAAAGUCCUGCAGCGCGUACACCAAGAAGGGCGUGGACACCAAUAGACGAUGUCGUUCUCAUAAGCUCGUGGCUAAACACGAGUAAAGACCCCGUGGUCGGGAAUGAGCAACGCUCUGACUCGUUCUGGAAACGCAUAGCAGCGUACUUCUCUGCGAGUCCCAUGCUGGCUGGGUGUGAGAAAAGAGGGUCCACGCAAUGCAAGCAGCGUUGGCACAAACUAAACGAUUUAGUGUGUAAGUUCUGUGGUGCUUACGAGGCCGCUAGUAGAGAGAAGAGUAGUGGGCAAAACGAGAAUGAUGUUCUCAAAGUUGCCCAUGAAAUUUUUUACAACUCGUAUAAGAAGAAGUUCACGCUUAAACACGCGUGGAAAGAGCUCCGCAAUGACCAGAAGUGGUGUGAGCUCUCCACGGUUAUAAAUGACAGAAGCUCCAAAAAAAGAAAAUGUGAAGACGGUUUUGAUUCAGCAUGCUCUCAAGCUGUUGAUGUUGAAGGAACCAUCCGUCCCCUAGGUGUCAAGGCAGCAAAAGCGCGAGGUAAGACGCCGAUGUGUGAUGUGAAGGAGCUCUCUGCCUUGCAAACUAUGUGGAGCAUCAAGGAAAAGGAUUUGGCAAUGAAGGAAAAGGUCUCCAAGAUGAAGCUACUUGAGAGUCUUGUUACAAAACAAGUGCCUCUAGCUGAUUAUGAGGAAGCUUUGAAGAAGAAGCUUGUAAAUGAGUUGAUGUGA